GGCGGAGGCGCGGGCGGCGCGGCCAGGACUUUGGCUUUGACACGGACGGCGAGCUGGAGCUGUGGCUCUGGUGUUGGGCACCGACGCGGUCCUGGCGGAUCCCGCGUCCGAGUCGGGCGCAGGACUUUUCGCCUCGAUCAACGCAACUGCGGCGACGCCGCAAGUCCUGGUGCAGCCUCAAGACUUGGUGCAGCCACGGCGGUCGGAUUUCGCCGCCGCUGCCGCCUCCGCGCAGCCCUGCAGCUCCUGCCGGCUCUGGGAGAGCGACUCUGAGAGUUUCUCCCGCAGAAAGAGCCGGGACGCGCGGCUCGAGGAGGCCCAGCCACUGACCCGCACACGCACGGGCACCAGGAUUGGAGGCGGGGGGCCCGCGCAGUCCUGGGUUGGGCUCAGGCUUCCGAGCCGCAGGUGGAAGGACGCCCCGGGGGAGCAGCGGAGAGGUGGCCAAGUGAAAGGUACUUUUGGACACCCUGGGCAUGGAGAUUUAGCGUUUGUCUUUGGUAACCGUUUCAUUCCCUGCAUCCUGAACCUUCCCUCCUUCUGUGCCAGUAAGGUUGUUGGGCUUCCUCCCUAGCCAGAGAGUUCUUCUGUGGGGGUGAGGCCUUCCCGGGCCACUGACCCUGGCCGGCAUGGGGAGCACGCUGGGCUGCCACCGCUCCAUACCGCGGGACCCCUCGGACCUGUCCCAUAACCGCAAGUUCAGCGCUGCCUGCAACUUCAGCAACAUCCUGGUGAAUCAGGAGCGGCUCAACAUCAACACGGCCACCGAGGAGGAGCUGAUGACCCUGCCUGGUGUGACCCGUGCAGUGGCACGCAGCAUCGUGGAGUACCGCGAGUACAUCGGUGGCUUCAAAAAGGUGGAAGACCUGGCACUGGUCAGCGGCGUGGGUGCCACCAAACUGGAGCAGGUCAAGUUUGAGAUCUGCGUGGGCAGCAAGGGCAGCUCUGCGCAGCACUCUCCCAGCUCCCUGCGGCGAGACUUGCUGGCGGAGCAGCAACCUCACCACCUUGCCACGGCCGGGCCCCUCACCCCGCGUGUCAACAUCAACACGGCCACCCCGGCUCAGCUGAUGAGCGUUCGAGGCCUCACGGAGAAGAUGGCUGUCAGCAUUGUGGACUACCGCCGCGAGCAUGGGCCCUUCCGCAGCGUGGAGGACCUAGUGAGGAUGGGCGAUAUCAAUGCUGCCUUCCUCGACAGGAUCCGGCACCAGCUGUUUGCAGAGAGGUCCAGGCCCCCGUCUACCCACACCAACGGAGGCCUGACCUUCACUGCCAAGCCUCACCCCAGCCCUACCUCACUAAGCCUGCAGAGUGAGGACCUAGACCUGCCACCAGGGGGGCCCACCCAGAUCAUCUCCACCCGCCCUUCCGUGGAGACCUUCGGAGGCACAAGGGAUGGGCGGCCAGUGCUGAGGCUGGCCACUUGGAACCUGCAGGGCUGCUCAGUGGAGAAGGCCAACAACCCUGGGGUGCGAGAAGUGGUGUGCAUGACACUCCUGGAAAACAGCAUCAAGCUUCUAGCUGUGCAGGAACUACUUGACAGAGAGGCCCUGGAAAAGUUCUGUACGGAGCUAAACCAGCCUAUCCUGCCCAACAUCCGCAAGUGGAAGGGGCCCCGGGGAUGCUGGAAGGCCGUUGUUGCUGAGAUGCCCUCCACUCAGCUCCAGAAGGGGGCCGGGUUCUCUGGAUUCCUGUGGGAUGCUGCGGCCGGGGUAGAGCUGAGAGACGCCACCUCGCAGGAAAAUUCGCCUGGUAAUGGGCACGGGAAGCCGAUGGGGCCCAGCCUGUACCUUGCGCGGUUCAAGGUGGGAAGUAAUGACUUGACCCUUGUGAACCUUCACCUGGCGGCCCUGAGCCCCCCAGGGGGCGAGAAUCCAAGCAGGAAUCACAGUGACAGCCACCGCUUGGCUGGCUUUGUACAGACCUUGCAGGAAACCCUGAAAGGAGAAAAAGACAUGAUUUUUUUAGGGGAUUUUGGCCAGGGUCCUGACAGCAGUGACUAUGAUAUCUUGAGGAAAGAAAAAUUCUACCACCUGGUCCCUGCGCACACCUUCACCAACAUCAGCACCAAGAAUCCCCAAGGCUCAAAGUCUCUGGACAAUAUCUGGAUCAGUAAAAGCUUAAAGAAGGUUUUCACAGGUCACUGGGCCGUAGUGAGAGAAGGCCUCACGAACCCUUGGAUUCCAGAUAACUGGUCCUGGGGCGGAGUGGCUUCUGAGCACUGCCCCGUGCUGGCCGAGUUGUACGCCGAAAAGGAUUGGAACAAGAAGGAAGGCCCUCGGAACGGCAACGGGCUCCCCUUGGAGCGAAGUGAAGCCCACAUUAAGCACGAGCGAUGAUGGUGCCCAGUCUGUCUCUCCCCCUCUGAGCCUGGAGGGCCCCAGGCGAGGGAGUUCACCUUUCUAGGUGAAGACGCAGAGCCAGAACUGCGGUUUUGGUUUUCAGCCAGACAACACUAGCCCCUGGGCCUCAACCUGCCUGCCUUCUUUGUGGAUGUUCUUGGACCCUCAGAAGCACAGUGGGGAACCGAGAUGUCUUGUAAUCCGGGGAUGCCGUCCACCUCCGCAGACGCGGGCCAGUUGCUGCCCCUGGGUGGCAGCAUGCACAGAACCAUAAUGGGGCUGACGGGGCAAGAGAGGGCGGUCUUAGGCCGCCAGGCCGGGUCUGAGCCAUGCCAGAAGCGCUCGUUUCUGACCACUGGUCCAUGAUGCUCUGGCAGCAGAUUGCAUAAAGCUUUUAACUGUGAUUGAGCUGAGCACUCUUCUCAAAUAUUUUGAGUGGUGACUUUUAGUUUUGUUUUGAAAAAAUAAACAGACAUGAACCUGCCUGGUUGCAGUGAGCGUCCCGGGGGUGGGUUCCUGAGCUGCGGGUGUUCUGUGCCCACUUCCAGUGCCUCUGUGAGGCUGUGGUCCAGGGAGCCUACUCCUUUACACCCCCCACUUCGCAGAGAUGCCUCUCACACCCCUGUCAAUCCCCUGAGGUCACCAGAAAAUCUUUCUAUGACCUUCUCCCUCCCAGCGUGUUCUUCAUUUUCUGACCCCUUUGCUGUCUUGUACCUCGAGCACCAUUUGUGCCCCUGGACAUUCAGCAUAGGUUCCCUGGUGCUGGGCUAGAAUUCUCUCAGAAUGAUCCUUCUUCCUCCCUCCCUCCCCACCCACUUUAAUUUUCAAUCCGAUUCCUAGCCCGGAGCCGCCCUAUGGUGAUUCUGAGCACUAUCUGUUGAUUCUGCAUCUACAGGAAGCUAAGCCUGGGAGUAUUGAAAGAGGGUUCAUUUUUGUGGGGGCUGGGGGUGGGCAGGGGGACAUGCCCAUGCUAACGGCCACUAGGUACCCCCUCCCUUAGCUGGCAUGGUUCUCCCUUAGGUCUCCUGUGAGACCAGAUUAUAACACCCAUUUUACAGCCAAAGAAACCAAGGCUUAGAGCGCUUAACCUCCUGCAGGUCACAUAACCGGUAAGUAAAUAGAUGGGAUCCAAACCCAGCCCAAAAGCCCAUGCCCACGUGUCCAUUCUGUACUUGCCAACACCAAUGCCAUGAAAGUAGCGACACUGGUCGUGAAUGUGUGAAUCAUGAGCCUGGAUUAUGAGUUAUUCCAGGUCACCAUGGAAGCUGAGGGUUUAUUCCUCCCUCCAUGCUGAAAACCUGGUGUGGACCAGUACCCAGAAACUGUUGUCACCGCACAGUGUGGACCCAGUGGCUUGGGGCUGGGGCCAGAUGCAGUGAAAGAGGCCUCUUUUCCACCAAAGACCAUCUUUUGGACCACCCAGCUCCAAGGAGCAUCACUGAUCGUGGGCCCAGGAGGGAAGUCCUCCGGGCGCCCCGAGGGUGCCUGGGCAUCAGCCGUGCCGCUCCGAGGGACCAUCUCCAGUGGGAGGGGUUGGAGUUCUCCCCCGAUGCUCCCAUGCAGAUACCGUCCCACUGGAGUGAGAGAGCACCCCGCCCGGCAGAGGUCGCCGCCGUCUGGAAUGGGAGUUAACAAAACACUGUUUUUCACAAUCAUCUUGGAUAAGUUUGAAGUUGAAGUUAGAAAAUGCUACACCAAAGCUGAAACUGGAUGACUCUGCUACAAGGAAAUAUGCUGGAGGGGUCAAGAGUGGUUUUCCAGUAUCUGGUUAGUGUUGGCACAAUGUGCCCCAACCCUGCACAGAAUCUACAGGCCACACCCCGGCCAUCAUGACACAUGUGUGCGUGCCUUUAAUGCUCCGAAGGGCCUGGCCUGCUACUUACCAAAGGUGAGAUGUGUGGCUUUGCAAGAACCACCAGGUGCCAGUUAGAAUAUAUCCUAUUUGCUACAACAUUCUUCUUUGAGGCAAGCCCUUCUAGAUAUGUGAAUGAGAAAAAUCACAUAACCUAGCCUGCGUAAGAUUUCCUAAAAUCAUUUCCUAGCAUGAAUGUGAACCAGACUUUGCUGUAUGCAUCUACCAGUGUUAGCACCAUAUUUAAGCCUGAACUGAGGUAAAGAUAAACAAGAUAGCUUUGGGUAAAAAUUACAGUAGCAAUUUUGAAUGGGGUGCUUACAGCAGUGUUCUUCUGAUCAUUCAAAUAAGUUGUUUGAAGAACUAUUUGAUCCCAAGUAUAUAUAUCCAAUAUAUAUCGAAAUUGGUAAUACAAAGCUAGGUGUAUAAGCUUUUAACAGAGAAAAUACAGCAAAACAGAAUUCUCAUUUUUGAAAUUCAAACUAUGUCAUUAUUGGGUUGAUGAAGUCAAAGAUUUCGAUAAAAUAUACUGAGCCAACAUGACAAGGCCAGUUUAUCAAACAGCAAUGUCUAGGAAUUCCAUUUUUCAGAGCAUGGUCAAGUUUAUGGUAAACACUACCUAGUCAAUAUCCGGUGCCUCCAAGAACUACAUUAAUCUAUUUGUAUCUUGCUAGUCGCUCCAUUUAAUAAAAAGGCGAGUAGCUUCUCUCUUCCCCAACUGUUUUAAUCUAUGUAGACAAACCUUUCUGGAACUUUUACUUAUCAUUUAUAUAAAGGAAUGGGGAGGGAAAGACCCUAAAACUUAAAAUCUUGAAGGUAUAUGUUUCAGCAAAUAAAGUUUAGUUGAGAAGUAACUGGACAAAAUGAGGUAAUUCUCUAGUUCCUAUAAACUGAUAAGGUGAAACAAUGUGGAAGAUAAAGAACUAAUGAAAACUUUUCAAACUACCUUUCCCCUUUUUAAUAUUACUUAACAUAUAAGAGAAAUAAGAAACCUUAGAUACAGCUAGCUUUGGGGAGCAAAACAAAACUAAUUUUUCAAAGGAGAACUAUAAUCACUUAUCAAAUAAAAUAUAAUCUUGGGAGUCUGAAUUCCAGUGUUGUCCUAUCUCUAUAGUUGGGGCUAGUCUUGGUGCUCAGGCAGAAGCACUAAGGAGCAGUGCUUACUGCCCACACAGCCUAUCACUCGAUUUGGCCAAGAUUCUUCAAAAACACUCACCAGUAGUAUUUUCAGUGGACGCUGUUGAGAUUCAGAUAAAAAUAGGAGGAACGUCCCCCUGCAGCCUAUAGAAACGUUUAAGGUUUGUACUUAACCUUUUUAAAAAAUUCAGUUGAAUACUGCAGAUCGUUCUUCAGAAAAGUCAUGUAAACAGUCAUUUUUCUUUUCUCAGUAUGCCGGUGCUAACAUACACAGAGGUAUAGCUUAGCUACAUCUGCCAGAAUGCGGACUAAUAUAUAAGAUCUUUCAGUUCCCUGUCGGUCAGUUCAUUCACUUCCAUAAUCUUCUCUAAAUGUUCCAUGUAUCGGCCAUGGUCCUGCAGGAAAUGAGGGACCCUCAUGUUUUCAAUAACUGCCAAUCCUUUCAAGCGAUCCACAUCUUCGUAAGAGACCUGAAAAAAGGAAGCCUCAACUGCAGGCCACAAAAAUUUUAUGAGAUGAUCUCAGCUUUGGAAAAAGGAAAAGGCAAUAAGCAAUUUAAGAAGGCACAAGGAAGGCUGCAAGAAUAUACCCAAAGGCUGCUGCUCCUGUCUGGGAUGGAGUGAUGGAUUGCAUUGAUGUUUAUUACCUGUAUUUUUCAGAAGUUUUAAAAUUCUUUACAAUAUGAAUAUAUUAGUGUUAUGAUCAA